AAAAAUAUUGUGAGCAUGGCCAUGGACCGUCAUGAGUGCGUAUCUGCGGAGGGGACCAUAUUCCUCAUGAACUUUGAUUUCAAAGCAAAGCAUAAAUCAUCCGAGAAGUCAAAGAUAAAAUAAUUUGACAACAAACAGCUGAAAUAGUUUUCACCAACAAAAUUACAUUUGCCUUACAGGUCUCAGAUUUCUUCAUCAUUGUGCUUUUCUCUUCAUAAACUUCAGGGUUUCAACCCAAACCAAAACUGGAACAUGUUAAGUGUUUGUAGAAAUGCCUAAGUGAGAAUAGUUUUUAUGUAGUUUAAAUGAAAGGCAAGGGAGGUUGGAAUGCUCAAGUACAGCUUCGACACAAGCAACAGAGACAUUGAAAAGUCGGAAUCAUGAUGGACAGGACUUCGUCCAGGAACAAAGGACAUUCUGCCAAAAUAUAAAUGAAGUCAAGCAUACGGAUGAUCAGAAUCAGCUUAAACACCUCGCAAACAUAAAGAAUGCGUGCAACUCAUGUGCGCACGUCAAAUUUACUCAAGUUGAACUCUGUGUUAUCUCUCCGCCGUGUAUGUUUCACCACGGAUGCUGUACUAGCCGUUGAAGAGGUACAGCAAAAUUUUCAGCUGGUCACAAACCAAAAUUAUACAUAUAGCAAUCUGUUAUAUACUUGUGUACAAGAAUGCAAACGUAUUCAAUCCCGUCAUGUGUGCGACAAAAUGCCUCAUCUGAAAUCUCAAGCUACAAAAAAGUGCAAAAUUAUCCAUGCCAAGACCCUGAGUCUUGGGUAUGGAUUACAAGGAAAACUUGGAAAUAUAAUUGUUGAUCUGUAUGGUAAAUGUGGUGAGAUUGAUUUCGCAAUGGAGGUCUUCAACCGGCUUGAUAGAAGAGAUACUGUUGCCUGGAAUUCAAUCAUGUCUAUGUAUUCAAGAUCGGAAUUUCCAGAAGAGGUCGUCAGGGUGUUUAGGUUGAUGCGUAAUUCUAACACUGUUUCAGAUCAGUACACAUUUGCUUUUGUUGUUUCUGCUUGUACGAAAUUGAAUAAUGUGGGUUUAGGUAAGGUUUUUCACUGCAAUGCGAUCAAGACAGGUAUUGAGUUAAAUUCCUUUUGCGGGGGUUCUUUGAUUGAUAUGUAUGCUAAAUGUGACUGCUUACCAGAUGCUCGGAAAUUAUUUGAUAGAGUUGAUAAACCUGAUACUGUAUCUUGGACAUCAAUGAUUGCGGGUUAUGUUCGAGUUGGCUUACCCAGAGAAGCUCUCGAGUUGUUUAAAGAAAUGGAACGAGUCGUUGAGAAACCAGAUGAAGUUGCAGUUAUUACGAUACUUACCGCCUAUGUUGGUCUAGGAAGGUUGAACCAGGCAGUUGAUUUGUUUUCCCAACUACCAAAUCCCAAUGUGGUGGCUUGGAAUGUAAUGAUUAAGGGACAUUCUAAAAGUGGGUUUGAGGAAAAAGCUGUUAGUUUCUUUCGAGAUAUGCAUCUGGUUGGUGUUAAACCAACAAGAUCUACACUGGGAAGUGUUUUAAGUGCCAUCGCUAAUCUUACAGAUCUUAAUCUAGGAAAGCAGGUUCAUUCUGAGGCUAUCAAACUAGGGUUGGAUUGUAGUGUUUACGCUGGAAGUUCAUUGGUAAAUAUGUACUCCAAGUGUCACUCUAUGGAAUCUGCUAGAAAAGUUUUUGAUGCAAUGGAUGUUACAAAUACUGUUGUGUGGAAUGCUAUGUUAGGAGGUUAUGCACAGAACAGACAAUCUCUUGAAGUCAAAGAAAUUUUCUCCAAUAUGAGAAAUUCUAGUCUAGAACCUGAUGAGUUUACUUACACCAAAGUUCUUAGCGCAUUUGGUCAGUGGGAAAGCUUAGAAAUGGGUAGGCAAUUUCAUGCAUUUAUAAUCAAGAAGAACUUAGAGUUGAACUUAUUUGUUGGAAAUGCUUUGGUUGAUAUGUAUGCUAAGUCUGGUGAUUUAAAAGAUGCAAGAAGGCAAUUUGAACUCAUCCCAGAGAGAGAUAUUGUUUCUUGGAAUGCUAUUAUUGUUGGGUACGUGCAUGAAAAAGAAGAGGAGGAAGGUUUUAGAUUGUUCAGGAAGAUGAUAUGUGAUGGCUUUUUGCCUGAUCAAUUUUCAGUAUCUAGUAUUCUUAGUGGCAGUGCAAAUCGGCAAGCAUUAGAGCAAGGUAAACAAGUGCAUUGCUUCUCACUGAAGUUGGGUCUUUACUUGAAUAUUUAUGCUGGAAGUUCUCUGGUUGACAUGUAUGCAAAGUGUGGGGCCAUGGAAGCUGCAAAUAAGGUAUUUUCUGAGAUGCCUGUAAAGACUGUUGUCUCUAGAAAUGCCCUUAUUGCAGGGUACAUUCAGAACAACAAUGCAGAUGAAGCAGUAAAGGAGUUUUUAGACAUGCAAGCAGAAGGUUUGCAGCCAUCGAAGUACACAUUCGCCAGCAUUUUAACUGCAUGUAGUGCAUCAUCAAGGUUGAAUCUGGGAAGGCAGGUUCAUUGUGAUACUUUAAAAUCUGGUGUUUUAAUUGAUGAUGAGUUUUCGGGUGUCUCACUCUUGGGUAUGUACCUACGAUCUUCAAGCACUGAAGAUGCAAAUAAGCUCUUUUUGGAGUUCCCGAAACAAAGAAGUAGAGUUUUAUGGACUUGUAUGAUUUCAGGACAUGCUCAGAACGGCAAUAGCGCGGAGGCUCUUUGUUUUUUUAGAGAAAUGCGUAAUGAUGAUGUUUUACCGGAUCAAUCCACUUUUACCAGUGUCCUCAGUGCUUGUUCUGGCUUAGCAGCCCUACAGGAUGGGAAAGUCAUUCAUUGUCUUGCUUUUCAUACCAGGUUCGACUUGGAUGAAUCCACGUGCAGUGUUCUUGUAGAUAUGUAUGCUAAAUGUGGGGAUAUUGGGAGCUCAAUGAAAGUUUUUGAGGAAAUGGUAAACAAAGAAGAUGCUGUUUCCUGGAACUCGAUGAUUGUUGGAUUUGCGAAAAAUGGCUAUGCAGGGAAAGCACUGAAGAUCUUCGAACAAAUGAAGCAUGCAAAUGUCGAACCUGAUGAUAUCACAUUCCUAGGAGUCCUCACAGCGUGCAGUCAUGGAGGAAUGGUAUUAGAAGGUCGUGAAUAUUUCAAUCUUAUGAUAAGUAGGUUUGGGAUCAAACCUAGAGAUGAUCAUUUUUCCUGCAUGAUUGACCUACUUGGGCGCCAUGGACGUCUCAAAGAAGCUGAAGAGUUGAUUGAGAAAUUGCCAUUUGAACCUGGAGCUGGGGUUUGGGCUACAUUACUCGGAGCUUGUAAAAUACAUGGGGAUUUAAUACGGGGGCAGAAGGCAGCUGAAAAGCUUAUUUUGUUGGAACCUGAUAAUCCUUCAUCCUAUGUGCUUCUUUCUAAUUUAUAUGCAGCAUCUAAGAACUGGGGUGCAUCCAACAGAGUUCGGAAUUUGAUGAAAGAAAGAGGAUUGAAAAAGUUUCCUGGAUGUAGCUGGAUUGAAGUGAAUGCUAAGCUGAACUUAUUUGUAGCAGGGGAUAAACUUCAUAUUAAUGCUGGUGAAGUUCGUGCUGUUUUGAAGGAUUUGACUGCAUUGAUGAGAGAACAGGGCUACGUAGCUACAACUGAUUUUCUUUUAGAUGAGGAGGAUUGAGUUAUGAGUCUUAUAUUCUCUAGCAUGGGGGUACAGAAGUGGAGGCUUCUUCUUUCUUUGCACUUAAUUGUACAGGAGGAGAUCAAAUCCAAUUUGGCACAACAAGUUAUCUAUGAAGGAAACAGCAGGGAUAUGACUACGGAGGUGGAUUUUUUCCAGGCUCCUCUUCCUGAUUCUUUUCAGUCAGAUGAUGAAUAUGCCUCCUCUAUCUGAUGAAGACUCUGAUAUUGAUGUAUCUGGAGGAUAACCGUAAACAUGAUCAUCUGCUUGAUGUUUAUGUUAGUUUUCAAAGGGGUGCAGCUUUUCAAGUCAAGCAAGCUCUCUAACAAAAGUGGAAGCACGGUUGGCCAAAGGAAGGCAAGACAGCAAAAUUUGCUUACGGUUUAUAUUAUGAAGAAACAAAUUAUGGAGGAUACGGAGUUAAUGUGUGCAAUAUGGCUGCAGAGCCAAUAGCUGCUUCAGUCUGUUUCUCUCUGUAUUGGAGUAACUUAUCUUUAUCAAGUGUUGAAGGGAUUAGAUGCUGGUCUCAAACUUGCUUAAUAACAUGGCUGUUCUAGUCCUCGUGUGCAGUGCAAUUCCCGAGGAGUUAUUCAGCUUCUCCACCACAUUGCCUCUGCUUUUCGCCGUAGACCUAAUUGCAGUAGCAUAAAGGUCAAUAAUGUUUGCCAGAGCUGUACCGAUGAGUGUGGUCCCUUGUAUGGCCAAGGCUUCCUUUAAACCUGUGGGCGCCUCUCAUUUAAAAUUAAACACUCCAAGGCAAGCUACAUUUCUCAUAUUUUAAGAGGCAUUCAAGGAAGUGGAACAGCGCUUAUCUGGCAAAACAAGCAAAAUGACACUACUGUACUAGUGCUGGGGCUUCAAAGAUUACAAGGCUGAUACUGAACCACAAAACUUUUUAGAUGAACUACUAGGCGUUCUGUGGAAAGAUGCUUAUUACAACUUGGAUACAAGGAAUAUGAUCCUGCAGUCUGGUCGACAACUUGAAUUGCCAGACUAAGAUCGUGUAGUUCCAAGACUAUCAUAGUUGAUAGUUGAAUUUUUAUAGUUGUUUUUUUAUGUUCGAAUGUCUAUUUAUUGUGUGGCUAACAUGUAAAUGUUAACAGAAAGGAUGCCAGAUGUGGCAUGACUUCAUUAUCAUCUCUUCAUCUUUCCUUGAAAACUUCUUCUGAAUAAUUACUUCUGUUUCAUUAAACGUGA